AUGAACAUGCAUCCGGCGCGACAGGCGUAUGUGGAGGAGGAUGGAGAUGACGAUGCCAUGGAGGGCAUUGACUUGGCCAAUGUGCCAAUUGACCGGGAUCACUACAUACCAACAGGCGUCCCCGGAGCGGCGAACGAAAGGGCCUCCGAUCUGCUCGGACAAUUUGAGAGGAAACGACGAGCGGCGCAGCUAAUAGUUCCCACCGCCGACCGCGAUAUUAAGAAGCGGCUACGCUCACUGGGUGAGCCGAUCACCCUGUUCGGCGAAGGACCUUCGGAACGGCGCGAUCGACUACGAGCAUUACUGGCCGACCAGGCAGAAGCCGCAGGUGAGGAUGGAGAUAUCCAGAUGCAAGAGGCGGAAGAAGCACCGGGGGAUGAGCAGGAAGAAUUCUACACUCAAGGAACUCAAUCACUUCUGGAAGCUCGGAGAGACAUGGCAAAGUACUCUCUGCCACGCGCGAAGGAGCGAGUUGCCUUCCAGCGACGGGAAGCCACCAUACCGCUCAAGACCCACAUCGAGUUCCGCAACAAGAUCAAGGAGCGACUGAAGGGCUUUGAACUGUACGGAUCGCAGACGUCAGAUCGGCCUGUCAGCAUUGUUCGGUUCUCCCCCAACGGCCAGUACGUAGCAUAUGGCAACUGGGGGGGUCACAUCAGGCUUCUCGAAGUCCCCAGCCUUGAACAGAAGAAAGCGUAUCGUGGCGGCCACACCGAACGUGCGACUGGAAUAGACUGGAUGCCGGGUGCGACUCUCCCCGGCACAACGGUCUCAUCGUCAAGUGUUAAUCUUGCCUCUGGUGGUGCCGGUGGUAAAAUCCAGCUGUGGUCGCUUGACGAUGACAAGCCACUGAGGACUCUGGAGGGGCAUGCCGACCGCGUCUGUCGGGUAGCCUUCCACCCUUCCGGUCGCUAUCUUGCCUCAGCAUCUGACGACACGACCUGGCGCCUCUGGGAUGUCAACACCGGCCAGGAGCUCGUUAUCCAGGAAGGACACUCGAAGGAGGUCUACACAGUCAGCUUCAACGGUGACGGAUCCUUGAUAGCAACCGGCGGGCUGGAUAGCAUAGGCCGAGUGUGGGACGUUCGCACUGGUCGCGUCAUCUACCUACUGGAGAGUCACAUUAAGCCCAUAUACGGCCUCGAUUGGAGCACUGACGGCCAUCGCUUAUUAUCAGGCUCGGGAGACGGAUUCAUGAAGUGCUGGGACGUACGCGCAAUGCGCGAGACCAACUCAAUCGCCGCCAACACCGGAGGCGUUACCGACUUGCGCUGGUACAAGGGCACUGACGGGCCAACAAGCGGCGUGCCUCUGCAAGAGAACGAUGAAGGGGAAGUGGUACCAAAGAAGGCGUCCACUUUCGUCAUCUCGUCGGGAUUCGACAAGAAUAUCCAGGUCUUCUCAGCCGACGACUGGGCACAUUGCAGAACAUUACAAGGGCAUUCGCAGGCUGUAUUCAGCACUGAUGUCACCAGCGAUGCCACUUGGAUCGUCAGUGGCGGUAAAGAUAGGACGGUGAAGUUAUGGGCAAGGGACGAUCAGGAAGGCAUAUGA